AUGGACAGUCUUAUGCUGCGCGAUGAGGCCGCGCGCGACCGAGUGCGCCAGGCCGAAGAGUUCCUCGAUCCACAUGACCAAAAUGUGCGAAGCUACAGAUCCGACAUUAUCCUGAUGUUGCAGAAGAACCAGAGGAGGCUGGUAGUCAACAUAGAUCACGUUCGCGACCACAACCCACAAAUCGCAGAGGGCCUCCUCGUGGAGCCCUUCAACUACACCCUCGCAUUCAACCAUGCCCUCAAACAAAUCGUCAAGACAAUUCCACAAGCGAGGCCAGACCAGACUGACGACGAAGUCAUGUACUACUGUGCCUGGUCUGGCAGCUUCGGCCUGCACGCCUGCAACCCCCGCACCCUUUCCGCCCAUCACCUCAACCACAUGGUGUCGAUCGAGGGAAUCGUGACACGAUGCUCCCUCAUUCGGCCCAAGAUCGUCAAGAGCGUGCACUACAACGAGGCAGAGAACAAGUUCCACUUUCGGGAAUAUCGAGACCAGACCAUGACCAACGGCGUCACCACAAACAGUGUCUACCCACAAGAAGACGACAAGGGGAACCCGCUGAUGACAGAGUACGGCUGGUGCACGUACAGGGACCACCAGAGCAUUUCCAUACAAGAGAUGCCCGAACGGGCUCCGGCCGGGCAGCUCCCCCGCGGCGUCGAUGUUAUUCUCGACGACGACCUGGUCGACAAGGUCAAGCCUGGCGACCGAAUCCAGCUUGUCGGGAUUUACAGGACGCUGGGUAACAGGAACACGAAUCACAGCAGCGCGCUUUUCAAGACGAUAAUCCUAGCCAACAAUAUCGUCCUCCUUGCGUCAAAGUCUGGUGGUGGCAUAGCCACCGCGCCAAUCACCGAUACAGACCUGCGAAAUAUCAACAAGGUCGCCAAGAGCAAGAAUCUGUUCGAGAUGCUCUCCCAGUCGCUAGCUCCUAGUAUUUACGGCCACGACCACAUCAAGAAGGCAAUCCUGCUCAUGCUUCUGGGUGGAAUGGAGAAGAACUUGGAGAAUGGUACCCACUUGCGUGGUGACAUCAACAUCCUCAUGGUCGGUGACCCCUCUACCGCCAAGUCCCAGCUCUUGCGGUUCGUCCUCAACACCGCUCCCCUGGCUAUUGCGACAACUGGUCGUGGGUCUUCGGGUGUAGGUCUCACAGCUGCUGUUACUUCGGACAAGGAGACGGGCGAGCGCCGUCUUGAAGCAGGUGCCAUGGUGAUGGCCGACCGCGGUGUGGUCUGUAUCGAUGAAUUCGACAAGAUGUCCGACAUUGACCGUGUCGCCAUCCACGAAGUAAUGGAGCAGCAGACCGUCACCAUCGCCAAAGCUGGCAUCCACACUUCACUUAACGCACGAUGCAGUGUUGUCGCGGCUGCCAAUCCCAUCUUUGGCCAGUACGACCCUCACAAGGACCCCCACAAGAAUAUUGCGCUGCCCGACUCGCUCCUCUCGCGUUUCGAUCUUCUGUUUGUUGUCACGGACGACAUCGAGGAUACCCGUGACCGGCAGGUAUCGGAACACGUUCUUCGCAUGCACCGGUACCGCCAAGCCGGGACAGAGGAAGGUGCGCCAGUGCGAGAGAAUGUACAGCAGUCCCUCAGCGUUGGUGGCCAGGCACAGAACGACUCUCAGCGGCCCACCGACGUGUACGAGAAAUAUGACGCAAUGCUCCACGCCGGGGUCACUGGCCGUGGUUCCAAGAAGCCCAAAGUCCUCAGCAUACCCUUCAUGAAGAAGUACAUCCAGUACGCGAAGACCCGCAUAAAGCCCAUCCUGUCGCAAGAUGCCGCGGACCGCAUUGCCGACAUCUACGUGGGCCUGCGCAACGACGACCUCGAGGGCAACCAGCGCCGCACGAGUCCCAUGACGGUGCGUACGCUCGAGACGCUCAUCCGUCUGGCGACCGCGCACGCCAAGUCGCGGCUGUCCAACCGCGUCGAGGAGCGCGACGCCGUGGCCGCCGAGAGCAUCCUGCGGUUCGCGCUGUUCAAGGAGGUCGUGGAGGAUGAGUCCCGCAAGAAGCGCAGGCGGACGACCGCGCAGCCUCUCAGCUCCGACUCGGAUGACGACUCCUCGAGCGAUGACGACGAGGGAGGGGACCAACGUGCCUCGGCGCGGAACAGCCGGUCCGCGCGCGCGUCCGCGAGGGCGAACCGGGCCAACGCCCGCGGUAGCAGGGCGAACGGAGCAAAUGGCACCAACGGCGCGCACGAGUCGCCAGAGCAGGAAGAGGAGGAAGAGGCCGAGGCCGAGGAGGCCAUACCCCGGCGCUCCAAUCGGACGGUCCGCAGCAACGGCCAGUCCCAGUCCCAGUCCCAGUCCAACCUGUCGUUCGCGUCGUCGAUGCCGGCCUCGCAGCUCGAGUCGCAGAGCGCGGAGGGUGAGAGCCAGGACGACUCGCAGUUGGCCAGCGGCGCCGCGGGCCUGAGCCUGGGCGCCGAGGAGGACGCUCCGAUCAGCGACGAGCGCUUCUCGACCUUCACGGCGGCCCUGGGCCCGCUGAUGAGCACGGACCUGUUCGAGGACGACGCGGCGGACGUGGACGCGCUGAUCCAGGGCGUCAACAGGCGGGUCGGCUCCCGCGGUACAUUCAGCAGAGACGAGGGUAUCAAGGCUCUCAAGAGGAUGGACGAGAAUGCCAUGAGCAUUAUGUUCACUGAUGGCCAGCUUGUGUACAAGAUCUAA